UCAGGUGCCAUCAUGGCUGCGGAAGAGGCWGAUGUGGAUAUCGAAGGGGAUGUGGUGGCUUCGGCGGCGGCGGCACCGUCAGGAAAUGAUGAAAAUAAAGCAUCACUUUUACAAGAUCACUAUCUGGACUCAUCAUGGAGAAAUGAAAAUGGCCUUAUUUAUAGGUUAAGGUAUUAUUUAUCUAAAAAAUCACUUCCAGGAAAAUUCUGGCUUGAUAAAAAGGAAGAUAAUAAAAAACAAACGAACAGUCUGCAGAAAACAGCAAAAAUCAUGGUACACUCUCCUACAAAACCAGCCAGUUACUCAGUAAAGUGGACGAUAGAAGAAAAAGAGCUGUUUGAACAAGGGCUGGCUAAAUUUGGUCGAAGGUGGACCAAAAUUGCAAAGCUGAUUGGAAGUCGCAGUGUUUUACAAGUGAAGAGUUAUGCCAGACAAUACUUUAAAAAUAAGGUAAAAUGGAGUCCAGARAAAGAAACACCAAAUCAGAAGAGCAACAGUGAUCAUCAGGUUAAAAAUGAAGAUAAAGGGACAAAGGCAUGGACACCAUCAUGUUUAAGGGGACGUGCUGAUCCCAACCUGAAUGCUGUAAAAAUUGAAAAGUUGUCUGAUGAUGAAGAAGUAGACAUCACAGAUGAGGUGGAUGAGUGGGCUUCUCAGACAUCACAUAAGAAUUGUAGCAGUGGUCUCUUGUUAGACAUUCCUAAUAGUAAAACACAUGAAUCCAGUCAAGAAAUCAGAAGCCAGGAAAUUCUCUUUUGCAGAUCUUCCAGGGAAUAUCUUCAGAAUAUAAAACAAGAUGAGAUGAAAACACUUUCAAGCUCAGAAAUUACAUCAUGGACCAAAAAACAGAGCAACAAUGAAAAUGACUCAGCUGAAGUCAAUGAUCAGAAAUGCAAUAAACUGAUUAAAAAUGGUGACAAGCAAGGUGGAAAUGGAAUAGAUGACUCCAGGCAGUGUCCUUCUCCAGAGCCUUGUGAAAUUCAGAAAGAUUUUAGUGAUAAUGAAAUGCUUUUUCAUUCUUCCUGCCAAAUGGUGGAGGAAAGCCAUGAGGAAGAAGAUCUUAAGCCACCAGAACAAGAAGUAGAAAUAGAUAGAAAUAUUAUUCAGGAAGAAGAAAAACAAGCAAUUCCUGAGUUUUUUGAGGGACGCCAAGCUAAAACACCAGAACGCUAUUUGAAAAUUAGAAAUUACAUUUUGGAUCAGUGGGAGAUAUGCAAACCGAAAUACUUAAAUAAGACCUCAGUACGUCCUGGCCUGAAGAACUGUGGGGAUGUUAAUUGUAUUGGACGGAUUCAUACAUACCUCGAGUUGAUAGGAGCAAUCAAUUUUGGAUGUGAACAGGCUGUAUAUAAUAGACCACAACCAGUUGAUAAAGUUCGAAUCAGAGACAGAAAAGAUGCAGUAGAAGCAUACCAGCUUGCCCAGCGUCUGCAGUCUAUGCGAACAAGGAGACGAAGGGUUCGAGAUCCAUGGGGAAACUGGUGUGAUGCAAAGGACUUAGAAGGACAAACAUUUGAGCAUCUGUCUGCUGAGGAGUUGGCAAAAAGAAGAGAAGAGGAAAGGGGCAAACCUGUUAAACCUUCAAAAGUGUCAAGGACAACAAAAAGCUCAUUUGAUCCCUUCCAACUGAUACCUUGUAAUUUUUUCAGUGAAGAAAAGCAGGAGCCAUUUCAGGUGAAAGUAGCUUCAGAAGCACUUUUAAUAAUGGAUUUGCAUGCUCACGUCUCUAUGGCAGAAGUAAUUGGUCUGUUAGGAGGAAGAUACUCAGAAGUUAAUAAGAUAGUUGAAGUCUGUGCAGCAGAACCAUGUAACAGUCUGAGUACAGGACUACAGUGUGAGAUGGAUCCUGUAUCACAAACACAGGCYUCAGAAACCUUGGCUGUUAGAGGUUACAGUGUUAUUGGAUGGUAUCAUUCUCAUCCUGCAUUUGAUCCUAAUCCUUCCUUAAGAGAUAUUGACACACAAGCCAAAUACCAGAGUUAUUUCUCCAGAGGAGGUGCAAAGUUCAUUGGGAUGAUUGUUAGUCCCUAUAAUCGAAACAAUCCUUUACCAUAUUCCCAGAUUACCUGCCUGGUUAUAAGUGAGGAAAUUAGCCCAGAUGGCUCCUAUCGUUUACCUUACAAAUUUGAAGUACAACAGAUGUUAGAAGAACCUCGGUGGGGAUUAGUAUUUGAAAAGACAAGAUGGAUAAUAGAAAAAUACAGGCUCUCCCCUAGCAGUGUCCCCAUGGAUAAAAUCUUUCGCCGGGAUUCUGACCUGACUUGUUUGCAGAAACUUUUGGAGUGUCUGAGAAAAACUCUGAGCAAAGUAACUAAUUGCUUCAUUGCUGAGGAAUUCUUGACGCAAAUAGAAAAUUUGUUCCUUUCCAAUUACAAAAGCAAGCAAGAAAAUGAAGUGUCUGAAGAUACUGCKAAGCAAUUAUUAAUGUAAUUAUUAAAGUAAGACAUUUUAAUCUAUAGAAUAGAUCCCACUUUUAAAGUUAUAACCUUGAAAUGAUUGUAAUUUAACUGUGGCAUGACUUUGCGAAUAAUUUUUCUCUAGUGAACAAAAAUCUACACUUUUCCACAUAAAUUUAUGGAAAGGAGGAGAUAUGGACUURUUUUCAUAUAGUGGUUAUCAGAAUGUUGUGUAAACCAGGGCCCAUCACACUGUUCCUGUCCUUUAUCACGCAGUGCAGUAGACUAUGAAAACUUAUGCAGGUGGUCUGCUUUACUGUUACUUUCAGAUUGAUAAGUGGAUUAUCCUUAUUUUUUGCUUUUUCCCUGAACUAGUCACUAUUUUUCAUUUUGGCAUCUCACAUCUCAUUAGAAGCACUUCCAUUAUUUGCAUAUGUUCUGGUGAGAUUUGUGUAUUUGUUAUUCAGGAUUGCAAAUGAGAUAUGGAUGGGUGGUCACUGAGAUAAUUAACAUAGUGGAGAACUACUAAUUAAUAAAUAACAACAUGCUGUAGGGGGCCAUGAGAGGCAUGAGGAGAAUAUUUUAAAAACCAACAGAAGAAACCAGAGGAAGAGAAUUAAAUUACCAGGGUUUGGUUUUGGUGAGGUUUUUUUUGUUCCCCCUUCCUUUGGUGCUAGAGAUCAAAGCCAGGGCUUCAUAUAUGUUAGGCCAGUGCCCUGUCACUGUGGCGUAUACUCAGUCCUGAAUUGCCCGUUUGCUUCCAUUAUGUUUUUAAAAAGCCACAAUACUUUAGAAUAUGUUGUUUUCUCAGCUGUCUGAAAUGUUUAUGAAUUUCACAUGCAUAAAUAAUUAGCUCCAAUUAUAUGUUCACUUUCCAUUAGUCUGAUAAAACAUCAUUUAACUGGAUCUGGUAAUUGUAACCCUCAAACAAGAUUUUAUUUUUUUUUUCCUCCACUGUCUACUAUCAGAAGUACGGCAAAUUGCAGUAAAGUCUAAAUAAAUUAGAGGUUUAAUUUUUAGAAGCAGAACAAGCAAAAAAGCCUUCAUGUAUUUUUACAUAUUCAAUCCCAGUUUCAUGUACUUUCUGAAUAGAGGCCAGCAAACUUUUCUCUUUUUUAUGAGUAUAUAAGCAAAGCUUUAAUUGGGAAAAGAAAAGAGGGAGAAGGUCUUUACCUCAAGGUGAAAGGGAUAGCCCUGACUCAGAGAACUGUCAAAAUCCAGCAAACUUUUAUAAUGUAAGGGUCCAGUUACUAUAUAGUUUCAGCUUUUUGGCCAUGUGUGGUCUCUGUCAGAAAUUCUUCAAUUUUUUAAAUAACAUUUUAAAAAUGAAAAAAAUCAUUCUUAGGUCAUUGCUUUCACAAAAUAUAGACUGCUAACCUAAAGAACUGCAAACAGUCUAAUUUGGUAUUAGAUUCCUGAGACUAAAACACCAUCUCAUAAUAAAAACAACAAAACUCAGAAUUUUGAUCCACACUUAAGUACAUUAUCAAAUGAAAACAUGCAUUAUGCUGCCUCAUUCAUUAAAAUUUAACAAAAUUAAUUUUAGUUAAUUUCUAUUAAGCAGAGAAUUGAUUUAUACCUAUUCUCCAGGUAUAGUAAUAACAGUUAUUAUAUCUAGACUGGAUGUGAGUCCAUGUUUUUGCUUUAUUUGGUUAUAAUUAGUAGCCAAGGAAGAAUAAGGCAGUAUUGAAAGAAGCAGCUUUCCAGUUUUAGGUUAUCUGAGUCUCAACCUUGUGAUUUGGGGGAGGUAUAGUUUAUCUUCCCUGAUCUAACUUAUUUUCUGUAGCCAGGGUCCAAUUUAACUUCCUAGUAUCUUUCUGGGUCUAAAAUUUUAUGAUUUAUUUGUUGGUCUACUUCUUUGAAAUUUCAUAUUUUGAAAUUCUGCAGUUUUCAGAUUAACAUUUUGAAAAGAAAACUGGUAGUUUUUCCAUUCUCUGUGUGGAUUAAAAAAAAAAAACAAACAAACCUUGAGGGUUACAAAUAUAAGAGUCCUAGACUAAAAAAUCAAGAAAUCUGAUUCUGGUAAAAGCUUUUCUGUGUGACUUAAAUCAUAAUCUUUCUGAACCCUAGGCUCCUCGGUUGUAAAUUAAGUGUAUGAAUUUUAAAUGACUUUGGUGUUCCCUUCAAGCACAAGAAGUAYAUGAUUCUAUGAAAGGCAAUAAUUUAUUCGUUUGUGCUUGUCUUUUGAUCUGUUUCCUCAUUGCACAUGGAGGAAUGGACACUAGGAAGGUGGUAAUUUUUAGCUCCCCGGAUUGAUAUAUAUCCCUAUAAUCCUGAUGAAUUUGGAUGAUAGAAAAUGUUAAAAGUACUGUUCUCAACUCUGGGCUUCUAAAUGUCAAUGGUUAACCAUAUUUACUAACCAGUCCAGUACUAUAAGGAACUCAAGGAUGGUAAUUGUCAUAGUGUAGGGCCUUGAGAGAACAAUUUAAAAAAUAACUUUAAAACAAUAUUUAUAGUAUUAGUAUUUACAUUAAGUAUUUUUAUCUUAUAAAAUAUUUUUUAAAUACAGAAAAUUUACUAUUUUUUCUUUUCCUAGUCAUUCUGCUUGCUUCCUUUAUUCUCUUCUUAUAUUCUAAACAUACACCAACCUUAGGCAGUUGCAGCCAGAGCUUUGGAGAAGCAAAGAGGAAGUCUAAAAUUGAGAGAACUUGUAAUAUAGGAAAUUCAGGAGGCAGACUCCAAAAGAAAAACCCACCUCUAAUAAUGUUUCUAGAAACAGAAAAAGAACUCAAAAAUAUCCAGGUCUCUUCAUCCUGAGUCUGUUAUUUAAUUAUAUUGCACAUGAUUAUAAGAUAAUGAGCUUAACUUUGUUUCUUGUUCUGGCUUGGCUAAUGAACAUUGAUAUAAGUACUUCUUCAAUAUUAAACAGUUUUCUUUAAAAAUCUAAUUCCCAAGAAAUAUUCAAAAGAAGAAAAAUCAGUGAAACAAGACCAGUAAUAUCAGACUCUCUUUCUUUUCUUCCUCCAUUAUUUUAACCUUGAACCAUUGUUCUUUGAGAGAACAGUCUUUUUAAUUAUAGAUUGUAAUCCUUUUAAAUGAUCUCAGUUUCUUUCUACAGUUGGUUAGAGGUAUCUGAUGAAUUUUCUCUGCCCCAGGUACUUUGCCUUCUGGGGGGGGGGAUGGUGGCAGGGUGUACUGGAGAUUGAACUCAGGGGCACUCAACCACUGAGCCAC